AUGUACCGCCAGAUACUAGUUGAACCAAGCCAGCGGUCACUACAAAAAAUAUUAUGGCGUUCUAGUCCUUCCGAAGAUGUAAAAGUUUACAAACUAAAUACUGUUACCUAUGGGCAAGCUUGUGCUAGUUUUCUAUCAAUUCGAUGUCUAUUCCAGUUAGCAGACGAAUAUGAAAAAAUUAACCCAGAUAUUGCGAAUAUCAUUCGUCAAGAUUUUUAUGUCGACCAUUUGUUGACCGGUGCGGAUUCUAUUCCAGAUGCUCAAUAUAUAUGCAAUGAAAUUUCAAAGGUCUUAAAAGACGGUUGUUUCGAGCUGCGUAAAUGGUAUUCCAAUGAACCUAGCGUUGUAAGUCAUAUGGAUAACGCUACUAGUUCUUGUGAGGUCUUAGAAUUCACCGCAGGGGAAAAGGCAAAAACCUUGGGUUUAACUUGGUCUUGUCAAGAUGAUUUUCUUAUGUAUCAUAUCGAAGAAAUUCCUUUUAAAAGUAAUUAUACAAAAAGAAGCGUUCUGUCAGUAUUAUCCAAGCUAUUCGAUCCUUUAGGACUCCUAUCACCGUGUAUUGUGCUAGCAAAGAUUUUCAUGCAACGCUUAUGGCUACAAAAGGUAUCUUGGGAUGAGCCAUUGACACUUUCCUUAUCGAACGAAUGGUCUAAAUUCUGUAAAGAUUUACCCAAUUUAAAUUCAUUGCAAAUUAGUCGUCAUGUCCUAGCUGAUUUUCCAAGUUCGUUAGAAAUACACGGAUUUUCAGAUGCUUCCGAGAGAGUCUAUGGGGCUUGCCUAUAUAUAAAAUCAAUUGAUUCAAAGGGUUUUUCAGUCAUCAGGCUUUUAUGUGCUAAGUCUAAGGUUGCCCCGGUGAAGUCACUUACUAUUCCUAAGCUUGAACUUUGUGCAGCUUUAUUAUUAAGUAAACUGGUAAACAAAGUGUUAAAUUCUAUUCAACUUUUCUUUGAAAGAAUCGUUUUGUGGUCUGACUCUACUAUUGCUCUGGCCUGGAUAAGAACCCCUCCAAAUACGUUAAAGGUCUUUGUAAGCAAUCGUGUUGCAGAGAUUCAAGCUUUAACUGAAGAUUGCGAGUGGCGAUAUAUUCCCAGUACAGACAACCCAGCCGAUUUAGUUUCGCGCGGUUUGUUACCAAGUCAAAUGUUAACUGCGAUCGAAUGGUGGCAAGGGCCAUCUUGGCUUGCGAAAGAAUCAAUAUAUUGGCCACAAAAUGAACAAAAUAUCAAAUUAUUACCAGAAUUAAAAUCAAAAUAUCCAUUAACUUUGUAG